CCUUCGGACGGGGGUUGCGGCUCCAGGAAACCGCGCUCUUGCAGCUCCGAGCUCCGACCAGCUCGACGCGCCGGGACCGCCCCGCAGACUCAACCAGCCCACCCGGAGGACCCCAGCGGCCGUCCCAAUAAGCGCGGUCUAGAUCCGAACCUCAGACACCUCUAUACGGACGGGGUGGACAGGACGGGCAUAGCAGAAAGGGGCCCCAGAGACCAUGGGGACCCUGGCAGGGCCAGCAGUGGCGAGCAAGCGGGAUCCCCGAGCCUGAGAAGUGGGCGGCAAGAGCUCCUAGGGCCAUGACUUCGGUGUGGAAGCGCCUGCAGCGGGUGGGCAAGCGGGCCGCCAAGUUCCAGUUUGUGGCUUGUUACCAUGAACUGGUGUUGGAGUGCACCAAGAAAUGGCAGCCAGACAAGCUGGUAGUGGUAUGGACUCGGCGGAACCGACGUGUCUGCUCCAAGGCCCACAGCUGGCAGCCCGGCAUCCAGAACCCAUACCGUGGCACUGUGGUGUGGAUGGUCCCAGAGAACGUGGACAUUUCUGUGACCUUGUACAGGGUGAGUCUCUGGAACUCAGGUAUAGGCAGAGAAUAGCAACGCUGGGUGUGU